ACAGGUAGAAUGUCAAAAUUGUCAAACAAUGCGGCGGUGAUUUCUGUUGCCGCUCUUAGUUUUGAUAAGACAACAACAAUAAACAAAAAUAAAAUGAAAGAGGCAAAGCAGUCACAAGCCCAGACUCCUAUAGAAGAUCUGGCGGAGUUACGUAGUUAUUUCGCAUCGCACAAUCUUGUUCGCGAAUACAAAGCCCAUAGUUCUAAAGUGCAUUCAGUUGGAUGGUCGUGUGACGGCAGGCGACUUGCAUCUGGAUCUUUUGAUAAAAGCGUAGCUAUAUUUACAUUGGAAAGAAACAAACUGGUUCAGGACUUCACUUUUAAGGGUCACACUGGGUCGGUAGACCAGCUAUGCUGGCACGCGUCGCACCCAGACCUCUUGAGUACGGCUAGUGGUGACAAAUCUGUUAGAAUAUGGGAUACAAGAUCUCAUAAAUGUGCAGCCACAAUCCCUACAAAAGGGGAGAACAUCAACAUAGCUUGGUCACCCAAUGGCAGCACUAUAGCAGUCGGAAACAAGGAGGAUUUAGUUUCCUUUAUAGACACCAAAACAUAUAAAGUGGUAACGGAAGAGCAGUUUAACUUUGAAGUCAAUGAGAUAUCAUGGAACAACACAUCAGAUCUGUUUUACCUGACCAAUGGACUAGGCUGUGUUCAUAUACUCUCCUACCCAUCUCUAGAACUACAGACAGUACUGAAGGCACACCCGGGCACAUGCAUCUGCAUCGAGCACGACCCGACCGCGCGGUACUUCGCCACCGGCUCUGCUGACGCCCUCGUCUCGUUGUGGGAUGUAAAUGAGUUAGCUUGUCUAAGAGUGUUCUCAAGACUAGAAUGGCCAGUCCGCACGCUAUCGUUUAGUUUCGACGGGCGCUUGCUCGCGUCAGCCAGUGAAGACCACAUCAUUGACAUAGGGGAUACAGAAACUGGUGAGAAGGUAGCGGAGAUCCCAGUGCAGGCGUCCACGUUCACGGUGGCGUGGCACCCGUCGCGCUACCUGGUGGCCUACGCCUGCGAGGACAAGGAGCCGCCCGAGAGGAAGCGCGACGCCGGGAACCUCAAGCUGUGGGGGCUGCCCAACAACAGCUAGGGACUAGCAUCACUAGGCUGUAUACUAGAGAUGUUGAUGGAUAAAAACCCAACAAAAGCCCUAACAUUCGCUGUGUGAGAAAUAAUAAUAGUAUUCCAACUUUCAUACAACGCCAUCUAGUCUCAAACUAAACAAAGCUUGUAUUAUGAGUACUAGACAAAUGAUAAACAUACUUAUUAUACCCAGAAACAGAAUAAAUAAUCGCGUUUAUCACACACACAUUGGUUCGGGCCUCGUAUCUGCGGUUUUUAUAAAUCAAUGUCUUCAAACCUCAAAGAAAUGAUGCUCAAUGACUGAAGCGUUCAAGUUUUAUGUUCAUAACAAAGAUUGACAAAGAUAGUCGUUCAAUAUUGUAGUAUAUGUAAAUCAUCUUAGACCUAUCAAAACCUUUUUUGAAAACUGACUACUAUAGUUUCAAACGACAACUUACAUCAAAAGUAUUUCAGUAAGAACAUGAGAAUGGGUUAUACAUAAAAAGUCUUUGAUCAUUUUACUGAUACAAAACACAAAAAUGAACUUUAUAAUUGAGCUCUUAGGACAUAAUUUUACUUGUGGAAUGUUUUACAUGAAACUUUUUCAAUGUAUAGGCAUUUCAUUAGUCGAUAGUAAAUUCGUAUGUAAGUUUAAUUAAGGUUUAAAAUAAAACUAGAAAGUUAUA